AUGCUUCGUGUUUCCUUUACGCUGCUCGGCCAUGGCCAAUACAAGACUCGCCUAAAGAAGCGCAUGGUUGGCUUUAUUCCCAAGGUGAUUCCGCGCAAGAUUCGCAAUAACAUGGUGGCACUGCGUAGCGAGGCAAACACGGGCCACAUGGAGGGGUACAUCAAGACGGAAUCAGAGCGCCUCGACGCUACGGGGCGAAAACUGCAGAAGACUAUGUGGGACCCAGUGCUGCAGCGAUAUACGUUGAUGAAGGAGACGAAGGUUCGCGGCCCCUUCAUGACAAAGAGCAACAUCGCCCGCAAGGUGGACUUUCCCAUUGGCGCACUGCACGGCACCAAGCUUGGGGGUAAGAAGUAG